AUGUCCAAAAAGUCCAGUAGCAAGGCAACAGCGAAAGAAUCUAUAGUUAAUUUAAAAGAUACUCCUUCGUCUCAGAGCGACAAACACCCACCCUGGUCCAGCUGGGAAUUUAGCACAGAGGGAGCUUUCUAUUAUCGUGCUCGGAAGGGCGUUAAUGAUGAAUGGGAGUACGAAUAUGGGUAUCCCAGCUCAGACUCACUUGACUCUCCUGCAAAAGAAACCUCCGGAACCACGGCCAAAUACCUCCACCGCCCGCCCAUUAAAUAUCCCAAAGAAGACCUGAAAGUGAUUUAUGCUGAACGACUAAAACCUACUUAUAUCUCCGCAGUUGCUGGUCUUCUAGCUCCGCAUGUUUCUGUUACUGGUGCUGAAUCUGGGAAUCCUGCGGACGAACAUUCAAACAUGCCGAGCACGGAACAUGGCAGAAUAAGCUCCAGCCAGAAGGAGAAUUCUGGGACAAACCUCAAAACAGAAGGUGAAAGCGGAGCUGGAGGAGAGAGAAACUCUGACUCGGUCCAAAACAAACGGCCAGCCGAGGAGAAGAAUGCACCAAAAAGGGUAGAAAAGAUAGAAAAGACGAAAAUGAAGGAAAAGAAGGACAAGAAAGACAAGAAGGACAAGAAAGAAAAGAAGGACAGAAAAGAAAAAGAAAAGAAAAGCAAACCUAGGAAACCAGUUUCCAAAAUAGAUCGUGUGGCCCAGUGGAGGGAUAGUGUUAAUACUGUUAUGCUGGAAGGGCAGAUUGAAAUGGAAUACAGGGGAGAUAUUUCAGAGACCCAGGCGGAAAACGAGUCCUAG